GUUACGUUUCAUAAAGCAGGUUUUAAAAUCGCAAAGUCACUACGGGAAGCCACGGAGCUCAUUCACUGACAGCACGCUCUUUCCCAGAAGCCUUUCCUCAUAUUGUACACAAUCAUCAUGGCGGCGCAGGAUGGAAGUGAGGUAGUAGGAAUGGAGGCUGAGGUCACGCAGAUGGUACCAGAAGUGUUGUGCGAAGCUGCUGGACAAGAAGAUGCAGCAGGGACUGAACAAGCAUCUCUUACCGAUGGUGAAAGCACAUCAGCUCAGCCCGCUGCUGUCAGCAACGGAGAGGAAAGUGACGAGGGGAAAGAGAUGGUGGAAGUGAAAAUCAUUUGGAACAAGAACAAAUAUGACCUUAAAAUGCCUUUAGAUGGCACCGGUUCUAAACUGAAAGAGAAGAUUCACACACUCACCGGUCUUCCACCUGCUAUGCAGAAAGUGAUGUACAAAGGACUGCUACCAGAGGACAAGACGCUUCGAGAAAUCAAAGUUACAAAUGGUGCAAAGAUUAUGGUGGUUGGAUCUACAAUAAAUGAUGUACUAGCUGUAAAUACACCAAAAGAAGUUAUUCAGCAAGAGGUUAAAGCUGAGGAGAACAAAAAGGAGCCAUUGUGCAGGCAAAAGCAACAUAGAAAAGUUUUGGACAAAGGAAAACCAGAUGAUGUCAUGCCAUCUAUAAAAGGAGCUAAGGAGCGUCUGCCAACAGUGCCUUUAUCAGGAAUGUACAACAAAUCUGGCGGAAAAGUACGACUCACUUUUAAACUGGAACAGGAUCAGUUGUGGAUCGGAACAAAAGAAAGAACAGAAAAAAUCCCGAUGGGUUCCAUCAAAAAUGUUGUGACUGAGCCAAUAGAGGGUCACGAGGACUAUCAUAUGAUGGCAUUUCAGCUGGGUCCAACAGAAGCCUCACAAUAUUGGGUCUACUGGGUGCCUACACAGUUUGUUGAUGCAAUCAAAGACACAGUUCUCGGAAAAUGGCAGUAUUUUUAACGUGCCUCUAUAGACACUGAAGAAUUGGGAUUCAGAUCAAAAGAUUGAAAACAUUAACUGGAGCCAACAAAAUAAUCUGAAGAACCGAUUUUUCUGAAGUAUAUCCAGAGCAAACCGAAGGAUUGCUGUUGGACAAAAUAUUUUGGGGGUUUUAAGUGCACUAAGUGUCAGCAUCCCGUUUUUCAAACUGUUUCACCUCUCGUUUUUUUUAAAGCAAUUCCAAGCAUAAGCAGAAAAUUGUACAGAACUUGCAUAUACAUUUCUCGUAGUUAUUCUGAAAGAAAUAAAAAUUAUUUAAGGAAAAUGAUCGAUGCAGUAGAAAGAUUUUAUCUAGUAUAUUCCUCGGUUUACCAUACAACUCGAGCAAUCUUGCCAAAGUCAAUAGUUCACUCAGUUAUUAAUUUUACAAUCAGCUUUUAUCAUUGCACGGAUUAUAGAUUACAUGUAAAACAGCAACGAUGUAACUCUCAAAUAUGGUAUUAAUCCAGGUGAAAAGAGCAUUGUUGCAUUUUAUGUGGUUCAAAAAAUUCUGCAUUUUCUUCAAGACUUUUAAUAGCACAUGGAGAGCUCAUCUCAUUUUGCCUUGACAGCAGGAGCCUUGAUGCAGAAUUACAACCCAAAAGUACAGUUGCUCAGUCUCUGUACUUUCAACCACAUGAUACUUUGACAAAGGCAAUAUCUUAAUAUUUCAUGGUUAAAUGCAGCAACAUCUCUAGGUCCAAGUCCCUCUCAAAUCAGAUGUUAUAUUAGGGAAAAUAAUGUUAAUGUGCCCUUAAUACUCAGUCAUUUUACUAAGUUGCUGAUGAUUGACUAUUUUGAUCAUGCAUGUUGUUUUUUCAAACAUGGUGCUAACCAAUGAUAAGCAUUUUUAAUUCAAUAAAGCCCAAAGGAAGGAAGAAUUUCAGUGACCUUUCUGUAAUAAAUUUGCCUGUAUACUUACAUUUUUAAUUUUCAAACUAUGAAUCAGCUCACAAUUUAAAUUCUUCCUAAACCAUAUUUCAGUAUAAACACUCCUGAACAAAAUCUUAAGAUCGGGGGAAGCAUUACAAGUAUUUGCAUUUCGCACUGGUGGAUCGUAACCAGGUUGUAAGUACUGCUUCAAAAUGACAAAAAAAGAAACGGGAGCAAAAGACAAAAAAUAGAGAAUAGGCAAUUUUAUUUGAAAACUGCAUUUAAACUCAAACAGGCUGUUCAUCAGCUGAUCAAAAGUUUAAGACCAUAGCCUUAAAAAGUUCAAAUCUGCGCAGAUCUCAAAUCAUCGCAAAAAGUCCUUCUGUCUUUGAAUGUGGCAGGAUUGUUGAGCCCCACAAGCAAGUGCGCGUGCAACGCCCCAUCGCUGCUAAGGUUGGACGCAGUAAGACAUUUUUUUAAAAGAUCCUGAGAGUUAUGGGACAAAAAAAGUCAAGUGGUAGACCCCAAAAAAAUUCACCUGCACUGCGCCGGAGGAUCCGACGGGCUGUCUGUGAAGACAGGCCAAUCCUCGACCCAAAUUAAGGCCCUUACUGAUGCUGACUGCAGCCCAAUACCCAUAAGACAGCAUCUGCGAGAGAAGGGCUUAAAGAACAGAAAACGUCUUCAAAGGCCACGUCUGUUCACACGCCACGAACUUGCCGUUUGGAAUUUGCAAGGGAGCAGCAAACAUGGGAUAUUGAAAGGUGGAAGAAAGUUUUAUUCUCUGACGAGAAAAAAAAAAAACCAGGACGGUUCUGAUGGCUUCCGAUGUUACUGGCAUGACUAGGAGAUCCGACUGGAGAUGUUUUCUAUGCUGCACAAUGGAGCAGGCUCCAUCGUGAUCUGGGGUGCUUUUUCCUUCAAUGGGAUAAUGGAUCUUUAGGUUGCAGCGGGCUUCCCUCUUGACUGAGGGCCUUUGUCUGUGCGCUAACGACUGGGUAUUUCAACAGGACAACGCUGCGGUUCUCAACACCCACCUGACGAAAGGACUUCUUCCAGGAGAAUAACGUCACUCUUUUGGACCAUCUUGCGUGUUCCCCUGGUCUAUUUUGGGGUCUACCACUUGACUUUUUUGUCUCAUAACUCUCAGGAUCUUUUAAGAAAUGUAAAAUGACUGUCUUACUGUGUCCAACCUCAGCAGCGAUGGUGCGUUGCUUGUGUGGCUCAACAAUCCUGCCAUGUUCAAAGACAGAAGGACUUUUUGCCUUUGCCAUCAGGAGAUCAUGGCAGUGUGUUUGCCUGAAGGACAAUGACAUGAAAGCCAUAUUUUUGUGCAGAUUUUGACUUUUUAAGGCUAUAUGGUCUUAAACUUUUGAUCAGCUGAUGAACAGCCUGUAAAUGCAGUUUUCAAUAAAUUGCCUAUUCUCUA